CACUGAAGAGUCCAUAAGGAGAUACGUGAGAUGUCAGAUUUUCUGUCUGUUAGGGUCGACUCUAUUCACAGAUAAGUCGACCGCAUAUGCCCAUGCGAAGUAUCUACCAUUGCUUCGCGAUUUCGAGCGGAUCCAUACUUAUAGUUGGGGUUCAGCAUGUCUGGCUCAUCUUUACCGAGCACUAUGCCGUGCAUCACGAUAUGAUACGAAGGAGAUGGAUGGUCCUCUUAACCUGUUGUUUGUUUGGGCAUGGGAGCGAAUGCCGUGUAUUUCACCCGCACCGAGGCAUAUCCUUCCACCUGCUGAGAUACCAGUUGCCAUGAGGUGGAGUCAUGCGGAUCGGAGUACAGCGUGGUUGGAGAAGACUGUUGUGACAUUUAGGGUUGAUAUAGACUACAUGCAGGAGUUUGAGUGGCGGCCGUACCAGGGAAUGAACAUUCCCGUCGAGUUACACAGACAUCUUGAUGUGUGUGAUAUCGUUGCUCCGUUGUUGUCGUUUGAGUGUAUCGAGUGGCACCCUGCGGAUCGAGUGAUGCGUCAGUUUGGGUUCUUACAGCCCCCACCGCGAGCACCUAGGGACAUUCCACUAGAGCAGCAUUGCAUGGCUCUUCGCGGAGUGCAGCUUUAUGACUGGACAGUUUUGCUUGGGGAUUGGAUAGUGGAGUGGGGCAACAGGCGAAACACUCGUAUGCGGGAUCUACACCCCCUUCCGACAUGGGACUUCAUACCGACCCCGGAGUAUCGGGAUUCCCCUCCACUAAAGCAAAAGCAAUAG